AUGCAAGGUGAUAUCAGAAGAAAAAAAGAUCUCUUGCCUCGUUAUAAAACGGGGAGCAAAUACAAUUCCAGAAGAAAGGGCGGGUUUUUGACUACUCCAAUGAAAAAGAUCGUAUUGUAUAUGUUACUUUUGUGCGGUGUUUAUUAUGUUAUACAACUCGCCUAUUCUGACCUAAAUAAGGAAACUGAAAUCGUGUUGGAAGGUCACACUUCUGAUACUCCUACUACCGGUAAUGAACAUAAUAAUGGUGCUAUGGUGGGCGCAUCGGACCCAAAUAGCAAUAAGCAACAACAGCAGCAGCAGCAGCAGCAGCAGCAGCAGCAGGCCAAAGUACCCAAGGAGAAAUUCAAUAAUGAAGUUGCAAAGCAACAAGAAGUAAAAAACUUGGAAAACGAUCUUAAGCCUCAGGUCGACUCAGAAAAGCAGAAGCAAAUAAACAAGGACAAGAAAGAACAAAAGCAGCAGCUACAAAAGGAAAAACAAGAUAUCGCCAAAGAGAAGUUGGCUAAUAGUAACGAAAUACUUGAUAAUUAA